AUGUACAAAUACAGUACCUUUUGUGUUCAAGAGAACGGCAUUACAGCUAAAGAGAUGCUGGAAAAACAUAAAAGUUGUCGUAAGAAGGAAUUGUCAAUGGAAGCUGGGAGUUUGAUAAAGACUGGAGGUGGAGUUGGUGAAGCGGGCACUACAGAAAAUGUCAUAGAUAGUAUUUGCCCAUACAUAAAUCUGACUGUUCCUGGAGUCAUUGACUCAAACACAGAAGAUAAAUCCUUAGGUAAGAGAUUCGUUACAUAUUAA